UCUGAGCAUCAUUCCGAUCGGAAAUACCAGCACGGACAUACUCUUCAGCUUCUCUUUGCACGGACACUAUGGACAAACUCAGUUUCACGCACGGAUUAAACUCUGAGACAAACGCGACGCGACACUGGAGACCCUGGAUCCAUAAAAGCGCUCACGGGCGCAAAACCAACGCUUUUAAGCCUUAUGAAAGACCGUCAGCUGAGGAGCAACACUUGAAAGUCCCUGUGAUCACACACCCUGUCAAGUUGUUCUGGCCCAAAUCUCGCUGUUUCGAUUAUCUGUACCAGGACGCCGAGAUCCUCCUGCGCAAUUAUCCGGUUCAGGCCACGAUCUGCCUGUACGAGGACUCGGACGGCGACGACGAUGAUGACGAAGACAGUGACGAAGAGCCUGAGAAAGAGCUCAACUGAAGACCUUCAUCACUUUAUUUAUAGACUCUGAAUUCUGAUUCACUUUAUUUAGUCACUGCAUGUAAAUAGUUGUGAAUAUGUAUAUAAAACUGGAAGUUUGAAUGUAAAUCUAUUUUAUUUUUUAGUAUUUAUGAUAAAUUAUU